UCUGUCUCACUUGAACUUUAUUUUCCUGAAGUGUGGUUAAGUUUACUCUCUCACCUGAACUCUUCCUCACCACAUACAAGAAAACUACUUUAUUUUCCUGAAGUGGUGUGGAUAAAUUUACUACUCCUCCUCACCACUUACUAGAAAUUGUAGAGAGAGAGAGAGGGUACAUGCUGAUUUCGUGCGGUGGAGGUUGGAGUUGGGAAACUGAUAUUUACAAUUCAGAAGAUAACAGUGCCUGAUCGAGACCUGCUGCUCUCAGGAUUACCGGGUUUUCCAAAGCAAGCCCUUAACAAGAGACACAGAGAACAGAGAGAGAGUUUUGAGAGAGAGAAUUUUGAGGAGGGAGAGAGAUGGAAGGGGUGAUAGCAGCAAAACCCCACCUUGGAGAGCGCCUAACUUUCAUCAACAGGCGAUUCCCGCGACGUAUGCAUACAACCCUUUCGAGAAACUGUCCCACCCUUUUUGGUCUCUCCAACUCUAUUGUAUCCCGAGCUCAAGAUACUUCGAAUAAUGCCCUAACAGUGGAACAGUUGGUAAACAAAGCUCCAACGACUGGUGGUGCAAUUGAUUUCAAAGGGGGCACGCUGCCACUCACAUAUGAACCUCUAUCUACUUCAAAAGAGGUCACACUAGUAAGGCAUGGACUUAGUUCUUGGAAUUCUGAGAGUCGAAUUCAGGGGAGCUCAGACUUGUCCAUUUUAACAGAAGCAGGAGGAAUGCAGGCAGAAAGAUGUCGUGAAGUCUUGUCCAAAAUACAAUUUGAUCAGUGCUUUUCUAGUCCAAUCUCCCGCGCUAAGUCAAGUGCUAAACUCAUUUGGCAAGGACGGGAACAACCACUGGUUUUCUUAGAUACAUUGAAGGAGCCACACUUAUUCUUUUUGGAGGGCAUGAAAAAUGCGGAUGCGCGAAAGCAAUAUCCUGAAUUAUAUACUGCUUGGAGAGAAGAUCCAGCUAGUUUUAGUGUGGAUGGGAUUUAUCCCAUUGUAAAUCUCUGGGAAACAGCUAGAAAGGCUUGGAAUGAGAUCUUGCUUUCGCCAGGGCAAAGCUUCUUGGUUGUAACACACAAAUCAAUCUUGCGUGCACUGAUCUGCACGGCGCUUGGCAUGGGUCCAGAGAGGUCUCUCUCUCUCUCUCUCUCUCUCUCUCUCUCUCUCUCUCUCUCUCUCUCUCUCUCUCUCUCUCUCUCUCUCUCUGGUACGCGCAUGCAUGUGUGCUCUUGUGCCCAUGCAGAAGCUAAUCUAACCACACAUACACAUGACAAACUUGAUAUUCGUAUAUGCUUUUUUUAUUGGAAAAAGUACACAUGACAAACUUGAUAUUCGUAUAUGCUUUUUUUAUUGGAAAAAGUUUAUAUAAGGAUGCUACCUUAUAAUGUAGAA